AAAAACCUCUCCAAAUCAAGAAUCCAAACUCGAGCUUUGAUCCUUCUCUGUUAAUGGAUAAUAAUAAUAUCUACAAUCCGUUCCGGGACCCGGGGUUCUCCGACGAGGAAUCGGUGGCGGCGGCGAUGCAGCUGGCGUCGAGCUACCCGAAGAAGCGGCCGGCGGGGAGGAAGAAGUUCAGGGAGACGCGUCACCCGGUGUACCGCGGUGUCCGGAGGAGGAACUCGGGGAAGUGGGUCUGCGAGGUCCGGGAGCCCAACAAGAAGUCCAGGAUCUGGCUGGGGACUUUCCCGACCGCCGAGAUGGCCGCCAGGGCCCACGACGUCGCGGCCCUGGCCCUCAGGGGGAGGGCGGCCUGCCUCAACUUCGCCGACUCGGCCUGGCGGCUGCCCGUCCCGGACUCGGCGGAUGCCAAAGGGAUACAGAACGCGGCUGCCGAGGCCGCCAUGGCGUUCCGGCCUGCAGACGGACAUCGGGUGGGAGAGAAGAAGGGGGGCGAUCGAGUGACGGCGGCGGAGGCAGGGGAGGAGGAAGGAGUGUUUUACAUGGACGAGGAGGCGGUGUUUGGGAUGCCGGGGUUGCUGGCGAAUAUGGCGGAAGGGAUGUUGUUGCCGCCGCCGCCGCCUCCGCCGCCGUCCCGGGAGGAUGAUGACUUUGCAGCUGAUGUAUCGCUGUGGAGUUACUCUAUUUGAAUGGGUUUUUUUUUUUUUUGGGGAAUUUUGGUAACGUGACGAAUAUUACUGUGUUUAGAAGUAUAGGUAGGGCGGUGGAGGGGAAAAAGCUGUAAUCCGUGCUUGAUAUUUUUUUUACGGGAUAUCAAUGUAGUCAAAAGCGAAUUUUCACGUAGAAACGUAUUUGAUGAUCUAGAAACAUAAUAUCGUAAGUUUUAAAGUGGAAUUUUUAACUAUAUAAGUUAUAAAAACUGAGAUUUUGU